GCUAAGAUUAAAAUCAUACAGAGCUCCAUCUCAAACAAAGAAAGCAAAUACUUGCAGUAAUCAUUCGGAAAUCGUAAGCUUUAAAAUACGGACGGGAUACGAGCUGUCUUACGUAACGAAAAAUUGAAGUCAAACGAAUUCCAGUGGUUUUUAUUACCAUCCAUCCUUCCAUCUAAACAAUGUAAAAGUCUGUUCCCAGUUUAAUGUAAAUUCACAGCUCAAGUAAGCAUUCGUUUCAAAAGACCCACAAAAUAGUUCCAAGAUGGAGGUGUAUACAUCGGAUAGCAGUGAUACCGAUUCUCGUGAACAAAAGACUCUGGAUUACAGCCGAAUGAACCUCCAGGAAAUUAGUCUAGAGGAUGACCUUUAUUCCGAAACUAAGCAACGACUUAAAUCCCAAAAGGACAUAGAAAUUCUUCUGCUCAACCAUAAUCGACUGAAAUAUCUACCGGCAACAAUAAAAACCUUUGUCAAUUUAAGAACUUUGGAUUUGAGCCAGAAUUGUUUAACGGAAUUACCCGAAGCCAUAGCCCAACUGCCAUUUUUGGUGACAUUAGUGGCGAAGAAUAACCAACUGACAAAUCAGUCUUUACCCAAAUCAUUCAAUGCCUUGAAAAGUCAACAGAGCCCACUGAAGGAACUGAAUUUGAGUGGAAAUCUCCUCACACACUUCCCAGAACAAGUUAUCGAAUUGAAGCAAUUGAAGUACCUAUAUAUUGGCGGUAACCAAAUAACAGCUAUCAGCAAAGACAUAUGGAAAAUGCAAAGCCUUCAGGUCCUGUCGAUGGGAGGAAAUCUUAUAACAGAAGUCCCCGAAUCGGUUGGGCUUUUAAGUCAACUUCAGGCUUUAGUUCUCUGUGAUAACCUUAUCGAGAAUCUACCCACAAGCAUUGCCCGUUUGAAAAUGCUGAAGUCAUUAUUGCUGCACAAGAAUCGCCUAAAACAUUUGCCAAGGGACAUUGUAGCUUUGAAAAACCUAGCUGAGCUAAGUCUACGUGAUAAUCCAUUGGUCGUGCGAUUUGUUCAAGAUAUGGCCCUAAAUCCCCCAACACUAAUGGAAUUGGCCGCAAGAAUUGUUAAAACAACAGGUGUAGAAGUCCAGCCUGGAGAUGUACCUCAAACUACCCUUGAAUAUUUGAAGUGUGCAAAUUGCUGUGUGAAUCCGAACUGUAAAGGUGUGUUCUUCGAUAAUCGUGUGGAACAUAUAAAAUUUGUGGAUUUCUGUGGCAAGUAUCGUGUUCCCUUGCUUCAAUACUUAUGCUCUUCCAAAUGCAUCGAACACGAGGAGGAUCCCAGACGGCAGUCUAGUAGCAACGCAAGUGGAUAUAUGUUGCGAAAGGUCUUAUUGGGUUGAAUGAAAAAUAACGAUUAAUUGUUUAUAAUCUAACUGAUAGCAAAAAAUAUAUAUACAGCCGAGCAUUUAAGGCUA